AUGCCGCCUUCCGGCACUGCGGCGAAGAAGCAGAAGCAGAAGCAGACGCUGACGUUGGCGCAGCUUGCCUCUUAUGACGAUUUCCUGACGGAUGCGUUGGUUGAUCAUGUUUUUUACUGGACUACAAUCCCCAAGAACCGAAACUCGUAUCAUCCCUCCCGAGGCGUACGCGAAGAGGACAUUACCCAAAUCAUCCAGAACGAGAUUGUUGUCAAGAGGGACCUCGAAUCCGCGGAGCGGAAGCUGCUAGCCACCGAUGGCUUCCGCAAGUUUUUCACCGCCCUCAAGACGGAUAAGGCGAAGGAGGACUUCAAACGCCACAUGCGCCGCUACACCCAGGUCUACCUCCCCGACUGCCCCUUUGAGGUCAAUUCGACAAACCGCUACACGAUUGUGUCGCACGAGGCCGCCAUUACUGCCCGACGCUUCAUCCGGAGGAACGAGACAGUCAAGUACCUGGCCGGAACCCAGGUCAAUAUCUCCCCCGAAGAGGAGCGGGAAAUGACGGCCCGUAAGAAGGACUUCAGCAUCAUCAUUUCUGCGAGAAACAAGUGCGCCAGCUUGUUCAUGGGCCCGGCUCGAUUUGCGAACCAUGAUUGCGGGGCCAACGCGAAGCUCAUGACGACUUCCUCGGCCACGAUUGAGAUCAUUGCGACGAGGAACAUUGAUGUCGGGGAGGAGAUUACCGUCACAUACGCCGAAAACUACUUUGGGGAGGACAAUUGUGAAUGUCUCUGCAAGACUUGCGAAGACCGAUGCACAAAUGGUUGGGCGCCUGCUGAAGGGGAGGUCGUGGUGAAAAAGAGCAUCGAAGAGCCUGUCAUGGACGGAUACUCAUUGCGCCGGCGGAGGAGGGACGAUAGUACGGGACCUUCAUCCCGGACACCCUCCGUUACACCGGACAUCCGACCCCGAGUGUCCAAGUCUCGCUUGCGAGGUGGAAAGUCUAGCCGCGAUUCACUGGCAGUCGACUCGCCCAUGUCGGAUGCUUUAUCGCCGGAUAAGAAGCGGUCUUUCGACUCGCUCGUCACACCGCCCAUCACACCUUCCAAGAGACGAAAGGUGUCAGCAACACAAGCAGUCAUGGUCGCUCCAGGAGCACUUGUCGGCUCAAGGGACAGCUCGACCUCCGAGUCUGUGCGCAGCAUGUCGUUGACAAGCGGCGGAAACGAAGAUGGCUCGGUGACGGACAUCACUGAGCCGGAGAAGGACACGCCGGAACCGAGCCAGUCACACAAGAAGUCGGAGCUCGUCAAGGAGGAGGAAUGUGAAGAAUCCACGGGGCAAGUGCUGGCCAAUGCGGCGCCAUUCUCCUCGCAGCGUCAAGGCCAGAGAGGCAGGACGAUUGCGAGGUCGUUUGACACAUCCGCUUCGAUUCGAGCAGCAUCCGUCAUGGCCUCCAGGUCGAUACCCAUUUCCUCUCUGUGCAAUCCCCCGUCUCCCCCCUCAAAAGGCAAGGGGAGAAGUGCCUCUGGAUGGACCACCAUGGCGUACUCGACGAGCAUUACCACCGCGACAAAAAGACAAGAUCGUAUGAGCAUUGCAGCUGCUGUGUGCAACAACAUGGACACAAAACCGGUGGCGAUACCAGACACAGACGCAACGACAGGCUCUGGCAGAAGCGGUUUGAAGUCGAUGCAGGCCGACAGGAUCCCCCCAACAAAAGAGCCGCUCGAGAGCUCCCGCCGGGAGCGCCUGGUGCAAACGUCAGAGGUUGAGGCCGUGACGUCAAUUGAGCAGGACGUCCUGAGCAACCGCAGCUCCGACGGUGUGCAGGCGUUGAAGGUUGAGGCACGGGUGUCGACGGAGAAUCCUGCGCCGAUCACUGACAAUAUCCAAGUCUGUGCAAAGGUCGAUGAGACGACGGUGGAGGUGGAGGCUGCUAGCCAGCCACCACCAGAAGUAGUAGCAGCUCUCAAGAAGCGCAAGUAUCAACGGCGCACCUUCAUCAAAGAGACCACGCCACCCGCAAAGACCCGAACGCCCGGCGAUUACACUCUAACGCCGCUGCUACUCUCGGAGCCGCAGACCGCGUGGGUUCGCUGCAUGAAUUGCGAGACGGCCUUUGUGCAGCAGAACGCUUAUUACACCAAGAGCUCGUGUCCGCGAUGUGAGCGACACUCGAAGCUUUACGGCUACAUCUGGCCCAAGACGGAGAGGGCUGGACCCCGCGACAAGGAGGAGCGCAUCCUCGAUCACCGCAUCAUCCAUCGAUUCUUGGGACGGGACGAAGAGGCGCGUAUCCGGGGUCGAAAGAGACCUACAGCAGGGCUGUCCGAGGCACGCGAGGAUGACAGGGGAGGAAACAAGCGCCUCAGAGCCGCAGACGAAGAUUCCGGGGAAGGGGAAGACACGGCCGGGUUGAGACGGAGCGGUCGGAUGCGAAAGGCCAGCCUCAAAGUGGCAUGCCCGUGA